CACAACGUAGAGUGUCUACAAUUUGCCCGUUCCAUGGCGUUUAUAUUUUAGUACAAAAUGUGAACAGCCCGGUUGAUGAUUGUGCUGGUUUUUAGAGCGUUUUCACUCUAUCAAUUUAUUAUGAAUAUUUACGUCGGUAUGUAAGCUAUCGUCUUUGUCGCUUUUGUCUGUCUGUUUGAAUUGAAUUCGCGCGCGCUUGAAUUGAUGAAUAGGUUUGGGGUAUCCUGAAAUAUAUGCCUAAUUUGUCUAACUGAAACGCCAAUCGUCCUGAAAUAUCUUUGUAACUAGUCUAGGUUUCGUCGAUACCGUCGCGAUUGAAAGGUAUCUCUACACACGCCCAAUCAGAUUUCGUACUCUAGUUCUACCAUUCAGUCAGUCCACUAACGCAGCUACAUAGUAUGUAAUAUUUCAUGGGCUGUAUAGUGCGGUAAGUUUUCGUCAAUUACAGUCUGAAAGUCGGCCGGAGGCGAUUUUCAAACCAUAUCCGCGUCGCUUUACUUGUAUCUGUUUGUUUUUGUUCGGAAUAUCUUUCUGUAGAACGGUCGUAUAUCUUGCGAUGACAGCCAAUGUAUACCACCUUUCGCUGGCAAGGAUAUAUUGCGCAAACUCUGAUUCACUACGAACUCAAACUCGUCCAGGACACUCCUCAGUUUGACUGUCCUGUUUACAUGCAGUGCUAUGUACAGUAUGCCGGUAGUGUGCAUGGACUAUUGAAAAGGAUGCACUUUAGAACGAUGACGAUAGAAAAGGACAUGUUUAAUGAUUACGACGGAUAGCCUGAAUAACGAGGUCACUAGCAUCUGAACGUGAGUGCAGUCCAAAGUAUCUUUUCUCAGAUCCGGAGUCUUUGAAAACAGAGCAAGGAUUAAAAUCAGUAGAUUGGUAAUUCGCGCGUUCGGUACCCAUCUCGGAUUCGAGUUCAUUGGCCAGGUUAACAAGUAGUCUGGAAGCACUAUUCCAGGCGCUUUCUGGGCUCUAAAGUGCGUGUAUGCGUGGAAGUGUGAAUAGUGCAUUCGUGCCAAGGAUCGCCUGGAAAUAGUGAAGUGUUCACAAAUGCAUCCUUUUAAGAUACCAGAUUCAAUGGUCAAGUGUUAUAAAACAUGGUGCUCUAGUUUUCCCUAUUGGUCUGAUAAUCUAAGCAUGUGAACAUAUGUAAGUGUGCUGUCGACUCUUAGCCCAAAACGACUGUUCCUAAACACCUCAGCGUGGGACCUAAUUAUUCAUCUUCUGGCAAUAGUGGACUAUCAUCCACCUCUUUGUAAAGAGAUAAAAAAAACGUUACAACAAUUGACUAUCAUCAUCAUCAUCGUCCGGUGGAUCUUAGAGACACGAUUUAACAUACUUACAGUACAGAGUUCAUCACAGUAUUACAACUUGCCAAAGUCUUUUCGAAUAAAUAGGAUCAACAUUCUUACAUGAGGCUCAACAGACUAUACAAAACGAAAAACAUUCAAAAAGGAAAUAGCGCCAAUCUUGCAUAGAAAAAGAUACAAAUUCUCUAAACCGUAUAGAGUGUGAUAGAUUGCAUAAUUUAAGAUAUAUAUGAUAAUCUAAGAAAGCAAAGUUCUCCGGAAUGAUUUCAUCAAAAAUUCGAAUAUUUAUCUGAAAGAAUAUACUCAAAUCGAUUUUGAAUCUCAAAUUGAUCUCAUCCUCGUUUGUAACGAAAAUGGACGAUGAGAUACUCAAAACCGUUGAAUCCCUGCUCGGUAAAGAUAUAAAAAUUGUAGAUUGUGAGAAGACCUCAUCAGUACGUGAAGAAGAGAUACUUCUAAUCAACGGUAUACCCGUACAAAUCGAGGGUGAGGACGGUAUUGCCAUAAAAUCUGCCUUAAUGACUGGACAAGUGCCACCAUGCGAUCUUCUGAAUCAGCUUCUCUUCCGUGCUGGGAUCCUCCAACAGCCAGUCCACUUGGAGACCUCACUAUCUGUAAAAUCAUCUGUAAUACGAAAAGAGGAAGUGACAGUGGCACGCCACGGAAAAAUCCUAAACGAACGAACCAGCGAAACCCAGGAGAACAAUAUCUAUACAAGCUCCUGCAAAGAAAUCUGGGAACCAGUAAAUAAGCUUGGUGCCUUAAAGACUAUCAUCCCGAUUCCGGUAGAUCGAUGCCUGUUGAAUGGCGAGGGAAAUGAAUGUGGGGAUGCAUUCCUUUUGGCGGCGCCGAAACAAUUCUCGCCAAGUUCAAGUACGACUCGGCAACCGAGCCUAAGGGCCGAGCCUCCGAGUAAGGAGCUGAAAUCUGAAUCUCAACAGCCUAUAAGUAAUUCCACUAGUAAUGUAAUUAGAGACCUAAGUAAAGCUUCACCAGUAGUCCCAUCAACUUCGGCAGCUUCGUCCUUGUCCCUGUCUUCAACUUCAUUAUCCUUCCACAACAAUCCCAGCCGGAACGACAAUCCAGACAAAUCCUUUUCAUAUACGGAUUGUUGUAGUAUAUCAUCACCAUUGAAGACCCCGCUGUCACCAACGAUUUUGAAACCGGCUGACGUGAAAAGUGGAAAACUAGAUAAUCCAAAAAAGAUUUUGAAUUGCAUGAGCUUCGAUUCGGGGCACGAUGAUUUCUUCAAUAGCUUUUCCCAGUCGAAUUUCCUUUCGGCAGUGACUGGGACGUGCGGCAGCUGUAGUGGGGUCGAGGACGAUACCCAUGGGACAGGGACACCCACACUUCAUUCUAAUUCUAUAUCCUCGUGCUAUGAUUUCAUAAGUAGUUCCGAUGAAGGGGAUCAACAGUGCAGCCCGCCUUCAAUGAUGCCAUCAGCAUCGGGGUCAAUUUUACAAGAACUGCCUUCAAGAAUGCCUACAAUCUUCGGUACAGUAGCAUCGGAUCAAAGUCCCAAAGAUAGUAUCAAUCGCAAGGGCUUCCCACAAACGACCACUACGAAUUGUAGCGGUAAAUCAAUCGACAAAAUACAAAAUCAACUAUCAUCAAAACACCCCAAUACCACUGCCACCAUAUCAUCGUCUCCCAAUGUGGCUGUAGGUCAACCCCAGCACCAUACAUCACUUAUUCAUCCGCAGAAUCCAUCACGAUAUCAACAUCAACCCCAGGAUCAUCACCAUUAUCAUCAUCAUCAUCGUCGUCAACAACAUCAUCCCGGUCAGCAAUCGAAUCAGCAGCAUUCAGUCGAUAAUGAGGACAAUGCAUUGGUUUAUCGGGACGGUAAUCUCAUAUCGGGUCCGCUGGAUACCCUCAUUCAACACAUGGUUCCUACGAGUGACUACUAUCCGGAUCGGUCCUAUCUCUUCGCAUUCCUUCUAAGUGCCAGAUUGUUCAUAAGGCCGCAUGAGUUGCUAGCCAAAAUCUGUCAACUCUGUGACGAACAGCAGGAUCUUAGUUGCUCCUGUUGUUGCUCGUGUAGCACUUCGGAGCAUAGAGCUGAGGAUACGGUUGAUCAUGCCUACCAGAAACCCCAGAAUAAUCAGCUAAUUUUAGAACACCACCAUCACCAGCAUCACCACUGCUAUCAUCCACCAUGUGACGAGGGUGGUGGUGCCGAUGCCAAACCAGGAACUGAUUGUUGUAGCUUCGAUAUCGCUGAGUUAGACUGCUGUCGUAGGCUACGCACGUUUGCACAGCAUUUUGUACGCCUUCUUGCCGAAUGGAUCGAUACAUUCCCAUAUGACUUCCGUGAUGAGCGGCUUAUGCAGCAUGUCCGUUCGAUGACUAGAAAGUGCAUAAGCAUCGAUAACUCCCUGCGCAAAGAUGUCCAGACGAUGCUGCAGGACCUUCUACAACGUCUGACCGUUUUAGAAAAAUACGAGGAAUUUUUAUUGACCUUAUCGCAAACUAUUGGUUCCACAGAUGGUCCUAAUAACAUCGCUGAUUUGCAAUCCCAGGAGUCAGUCAAGAGUCAUACAUCAACAGUCACACAUUCCAAGCCCUCAGUGCUAACGAUUCAAAACAACCUGCAUGGUACUGCCGGAGAAAGUAGUAGCCCGCCUACAGGAGGUGUAUUAAGCGGGGGUGGUGUCCAGCAACAGCAACAACAGCAGCUUGCGACCUCAUCGUCAGCCUCGUCAACAUCAUCAAUUCUGUCGAGUGGCGGUGGAGGCUUAAAUCCUGCAGCUUCUAUAGAUAUCAGUCAGCUAUGUCCUAGUCCAACAUUGAUUGCUCAUCAACUCACUCAUAUUGAGCUUGAGCGACUCUCGCAUAUUGGUCCUGAAGAGUUUGUUCAGGCUUUUGCCAAGGAGAAUCCACAUUUGGAACAAUCAUUUAGUGAUAUGAAGAAAACAAGGAAUUUGGAAUCAUAUGUGCAGUGGUUCAAUCGGUUGAGCUAUUUGGUUGCCACGGAAAUUGUUAAGCACCCGAAAAAGAAACAACGUGUUCGCAUUGUCGAGUAUUGGAUUGAAAUUGCACGAGAAUGUUUCAAUAUUGGCAACUUUAACAGUUUAAUGGCAAUCAUAGCUGGCCUUAACAUGUCUCCGAUAUCAAGACUUAAGAAAACGUGGUCUAAAGUACAAUCUGCUAAAUUUCUUGUGCUUGAACAUCAAAUGGAUCCAAGUAGCAAUUUCAAUAGCUAUCGGUCAACCCUUAAGGCAGCUAUGUGGCGAUCGGCCGGUGCAACAGAUGAACGUGAACGAAUUGUGAUUCCAUUUUUUAGUUUACUCGUUAAGGAUUUAUAUUUUUUGAAUGAAGGCUGCUCUAAUAAAUUAGCAAAUGGUCACAUAAAUUUCGAGAAAUUUUGGCAACUGGCAAAACAAGUUACCGAAUUUAUAGCAUGGAAACAAGUAACUUGCCCAUUUGAAAAACUACCAAAAGUUAUAAUGUUCCUACAAACUAGUAACAUACUGAAUGAAAAUAAAUUGGCGAUAGCAUCAUUUGAAUGUGAACCACCGGAUAAUAAUCAUGAAAAGGAUCGUUUUAAAUCAUUAAAGUCUGAACAACAAAAUUUACAACAACAUUCACAUCAAUAACAUCAAUAGUGAUAUAAAUAUAUAUAAAUAUAUUUGAAUACUAUGGAAACAGA